UCCUGGAAAGGGGCGGGGAUUGUUUGGAGUAGCUGCGACCGUGCGCUUGCGCAGUGCGGCGAGGUGGACGCCGCGCUUUGCCCCCACCCCCACCCACCCCUACCUCCCCGGAGGCGGGAGGUCGGGGCGGGGCCCCAAAAGCGACCGUCGUGCGCUUGCGCAUUGCGGCGGUGGGAAAGACGCGUGGUGUGUGCUGGAGCGGACGUUGGAGAAAGUUGCGGGUUUGCGCCUGCGUGGUGCGGUGAGCCUGUGAGGAACGGGCUCAACAUGAGCUCCCGAAAAGUUCUGGCUCUCCAAGCGCGCAAAAAGCGAAGCCGGAUCAAGAAGGAGAAGGUUCCGAAAAAGCCUGAACCUCAACAAAGAUCUCAUCCUGUUAUAACAGAAUCUGAAGCACAGGAGCCAGAGGAUGAAAUUUUAGGAUCUGAUGAUGAAGAACAAGAGGACCCUAGUGACUAUUGCAAAGGUGGAUAUCAUCAUGUCAAGAUUGGUGAUCUUUUUAAUGGGCGAUACCAUGUGAUUCGAAAGUUGGGAUGGGGCCACUUUUCUACAGUGUGGCUAUGUUGGGAUAUUCAGGGAAAAAGAUUUGUUGCCAUGAAGGUUGUCAAAAGUGCUGAACAUUAUACAGAAACGGCCCUGGAUGAAAUCAAACUACUGAAAGCAGUUCGUAACAGUGACCCAAAUGACCCAAACAAAGAGAAAGUGGUUCAGUUAUUGGAUGAUUUCAAAACUUCAGGAGUGAAUGGAUCACAUGUUUGCAUGGUGUUUGAAGUGUUGGGACAUCACCUACUGAAGUGGAUCAUCAAAUCAAACUACCAAGGAAUUCCAAUUAAUUGUGUCAAGAGCAUAAUUCGGCAAGUCCUUCAGGGACUUGAUUAUUUACAUUCCAAAUGCAAGAUCAUCCACACAGAUAUAAAGCCAGAGAACAUCCUUUUGUGCGUGAAUGAGGUCUAUGUGCGCCGCCUGGCUGCAGAGGCAACAGAAUGGCAAAAAGCUGGUGCCCCUCCACCAUCCGGAUCUGCAGUGAGUACUGCACCACAGCCAAAACCUAUUGGAAAAAUGUCUAGGAACAAAAAAAAGAAGCUCAAGAAGAAACAAAAGCGACAGGCAGAGUUAUUGGAGAAAAGAAUGCAAGAAAUUGAAGAGUUGGAACGGGUUGCAGGAAAUGCAGAUAAAGAACAGCAAUUGGAAGAGGAUGAGGAUGAUGCAGUGCAAGAAAAUGAGGCUGCUGAACAGGUUACAGAGCAUUUGGAAAAAGUGGAUAAUAAAGCUUAUGAAGAACAAGAUGAAAAUGAACCACCAGAAAAAGUAAAAGAGCCUGUAGAAGAUGUAAAUACUGAAAAAAUAAGGAUUGAGUCAAUAAAUUGUAAUGGACAUGUAGAAGUUGGACCACUUUCAGAUCAAGUUAAUAAUGGAACAGAAGAAAAUAAGGAAGAUAUUAAUCAAAAUACAGAUGAAUGUAAACCAAAAGAACCUUGCAAAGAUGACGACUUCUUUCCUUGUGCUUAUGACAUGUUGAAUGGACUUCUGCAAAAUGGACAAAAAGAAAGCAACAAGAACAACUAUUCAGAAACUUGUAAACCUUUAAUAGCUGGAAUGUUUGAAUCUGUAACCUGUAAUUUGAACCCAGAAGAUGGAAAUCCAUUGGAUGAGAAUGAGACCAAGCAAAAUAGAAGUAGGGAAGGGUCGCUAUCCAGCUCUGGAGACAAUGCAAAAUCUGAUGCUGCUAGCUUGCUUAUCAAUCCCCUCGACCCAUUGAAUGCAGAUGAUAUCCACGUUAAGAUUGCUGAUCUUGGAAAUGCUUGCUGGGUUCAUAAACAUUUUACAGAAGACAUCCAAACUAGACAGUAUCGGUCAUUGGAAGUUCUAAUUGGUGCUGGAUAUGGAACACCGGCAGACAUUUGGAGCACUGCUUGCAUGGCAUUUGAACUUGCAACUGGGGAUUAUUUGUUUGAGCCUCAUUCUGGUGAAGAUUAUUCCAGAGAUGAAGAUCACAUUGCUUUGAUUAUUGAACUACUGGGAAAAAUGCCUCGAAAGCUUAUUCUUGCCGGGAAAUACUCCAAGGAAUUUUUCACCAAAAAGGGUGAGCUGAGGCAUAUCACAAAGCUGAAACCCUGGGGACUUUUUGAAGUGCUUGUGGAAAAGUAUGAAUGGCCACAAGAGGAAGCUGCUUCAUUUACAGAAUUCCUGUUGCCAAUGCUGGAACUGAUACCAGAGAAGCGAGCCACAGCAGCAGAAUGCAUCAGACACCCUUGGCUUAACUCAUAGCAACCAAAUUAAUUGCGACUUUUUUUUGUCCUUAACUCAGUACAACACCUGGUUAUUGUCUUAAACAGGUACAAAUACAGGCUCCUUCAAUCUUUAGGCAGAUUUUACACAUUCAGUUGAAAAUGUACACACAGGAAAGGGGGUGAUGCAGGGGUUGGAUUACAGAAAUUUGCAUAGUCAUAGCUGCCAUUUGUUAGUUGCUAAUGGAAGAUCAUUUAGUCUACAUUCAGCAGUUGUGCUGUUCACAUUUAUGGUAAGUGCGAGUAUAAAUUAGUCUUAAAUGUGAAGUAAAUUUUUUGCCAGGAGAUGAUAAAAUCUACAAGGUUUGGCCAUGUGGGAGAAGAGACCAGAUGAAAUCUUAUACUCGUACCAAAGAGUUAGCUAGCUAUGUUUUGCCCAAUAGUAUAUUGCCCAUUGAAUUGGAAAGUAAAGUAUCCAGUAAAUUAAUUGCUUUUUGCUUUGGAAUGACUUGGCCAGUCUGCAUGCUUUCAAAUUAGCCUGCUUAAGACCUAGGCUGUGCACUUGGUGUUUUGACCAUGUUUUCUAUAGGUAGGUUGAUAGCUGAAGAAUUCAAAUAAUCCAUUGUUUAAGAUGUGUUCAUUUACCAGCUUACCAACUGCCAUUCCUGGAACAGCACUUUAGAAAAAGGCAUUCUGUCAGUUCCAAAGUACUUAUCAGUACUUGAAAUAUCUGGAGUUGUUAUUUGAAGAACUAAGAUAUAGUAGGAAACAGUUCCUUUUCUUUCGUCCCUUUUGUGUUUGUAUUUACUGCAGGUCUUAGAAAUGUUAACAUUGUAUUUAAAUAUUACUGUUUUCUAAUGAAAGUUCCCCAGUUUGUGUUUUGUAUGUCAUCUGUCCAGAAAAUGUUUUUAAAAUUGCUUUAUUGAAUAAUCCAGGAAAACUACUGGGAUUGAUCAUUAAUUGGUCAUGUUCUGCUAGGAGUGUGGCUUGUUUGCCUAAACAGACUAUUUCAAAAAAUAAAAGGAACUUUUUGCAUAUGAUAUACAUUAAUAUUGUACAUGACAAAGUUGAGUUUGUAAAGUUCAUUUUUUUUUUUGAAGGAGAUUCUUGACCACUGCCAGACAUGGAGUCAAACACUUCCAGUGACAUUUUUUUUUAUAAAAACUUAAAGCAUUUGGGCCACAAUGUAAGAUUACAUGGUGUCUGUUUUUAGCUUGUGAUGUAUUCUCAGUCAACAGAAGAGGCGCUGAUUUGUUUCCAGUUGAAAAGUGUACUAUGGAGCAUCUCAAUUCAUCACAUUUGACCAAAACAGCUGGCUAAACUAAGAUGGGCUCUUGUUUGCUUAUAAUAUUUGGCCAGGUUGUGUGUGUUUCACAUGUAGUAAAGUAACUCUAAAUUAUAGACCUUUCAGUACCAUAUUUAGCUCUAUUACUGGGCAGUUGUUGCAUACAAUAUUAGUACCAUUGAAUUGAGCCUUAACAUGGUAUAUCAAGUCAGGCUGUAUCAACUAAUUCUGUUUAGAAUGGCCCAACUAUUUGCUUUGUAGAUGAUUCUUUCUAUAUACUGUAUUGGUAAAGUACAGUGAUCUGAUUCCUAUCUUUUCCUUUUGAAAAUUCACUUGAUGUAAACCACCACAAUGAUCAAUCUAAAUAUAAAAUGUGCAGCAGUGGCAUUUGGUAGCUUUCAAAGGAAUUUCUUGCUUACAAAAGGAUAACCCAAUUGUGCAAAUUUUGAAAUAAAGCAGAUUAGAUGCAUCUAAGUUCUUUGUCUUUCAAAAAAUCAUUGUAUUGAGAAUUAAGAAUGAACUACCAUAGAUCCUUCAAGAUUUAUCAGUGACACGCAUGUGGCCAAAGUGUCACAACAAUAGCAAAGCUGCUACUGUUUCAGGCAAAUGCUCUACAUUUUUGGUAUAUAUAUCUUAAAUCUAUGGACCAUCCAUACUUGUAGUGUUAAAUUUCGAGAAAUCUAUUCAAGUGGCAAAAUCACAAAUGUGUCAAUUGCUAGCCUUGGUUACCAUAUACAAUACUUAAAAUGGAUCACUUGGGUUGUUUUAAUUUUUAAUGCUCACUUAGAUCGUAAGGGAUUCUAAAAACUGUAUGAUUGUGCUUUCAUGUUUACAUGUCUAUUUUGAAGUCAAUUGCAAAGCAAGAAUGUAGAAAUUUACAGCUGAAAGGAUCUGAAUUGUUCAGCCAGAUUACCCAGUUUCAUUAUAUAAUGGUAUAAGCUAAAAUUCUGCAAUAAACAAAGAUGGGAAUUAUACCAGGUAGAUUAAUUUUGUCAUUGGCUUUAACAUGCAAAGAUUGAAAAGUUGCAUGUUGGAAAAUGCAUACAUUUUUAACCCUUUUAUCUUUAUAUUCCAAUGAGCAUACUUUAUCCAUGGCUGCUUGCACUUUUAUUUGCAAGUCACGUAGUGCAAAUAUUUUUGCUGUUUCAUUGAUUUUGCACAUCUGUUUCAGCUAUUUGUAUCCCAGUUUGUUUUUCAAUCUGUAAAAUUCAGUUUUAAUAGCUAACUACAGGACUGACUUCCUGUUGAUAACUGCAUGACGUUUUUUUAAUCAUGUACAAGAUUGGAACUCUUACCUAAAGAUGGCAAGAUGUGAGACUUUUUGUAUACAUUCCAAAAGACUUCAAUAUUUGUGAGCAUGAUGGCAGAUCUUAGUUUCUCGCCUGAGCCAGAAGAUUGUUGAUGCAGGCUCUCAUCUAGAUUUAAGCACAUAAUCUGGGUUGGCACAUUAGUAAAAUACUCAAAAUACUGCAAUGAUGGGAGUACUAGCCUUCUGGAUAUGCUGAAAUCAAAGGCUGUGAUUCCAGUGUGCUGCUUGUGCACCAUUCAAAGACUUGUUUUUAUGCUUUCAUUAACUCUUCAGUGUUUUAAAUGUGUUGGGUUGGAGCUUGGUGGAAAUAUCACACACUACUGCUGCAAUUUAGUCUAGUAAUUGCCAGCAAGUUUGAGUUACUGUUAGAAUGCAAACUGAAUUCGCUGGCAUGAUGUGCUGAUGAUUUUCUUAGUUCUGCUCCAUUUGACUAUGGUGCAGACUUUCUGAACUUCCCAGCUGUCAUGCUGGAGAAUCUGGCUGCCGAACACUAAGCCAGACUGUGAUUUGCAUGUCCAUUAAUUUUAACUAAUAGGAAUGACUGCAGGGAAGAGUAUGAAUGCUGUGGCAAGUUACUGUCAGCAAUUCUUGACAUCUUUGUCAUUUUUGUGAAACCUUGUGCAAAAUUGGCUCCUGCAUUUUCUGUCAUUCCCUUCUUGGGUCUUUACAUACUGCAACAUG